UAUAAGUAAUAAGUAAAUAUGAGUAAUUACUCAUUAGUAUCUCAUAUGGGUCUGGCUUUAUCUGGCCAUCAGCAUACUGACCCAUUUUUCAAUGGCAAGAGCUUUGGGGUGUGUUUUGACAGUUUGCACUGUAAUUGUGCAAUGAAAUCUACAGAUCUGGGUGAAACUGUGAAACUGUUGAGUUUUAGUUUGUCUUUGGCAUGAAAGAUAGCUGGAUGAUCUGUCACAUUCUCUCAGCCCAACUCACCUCACAGGAUUGUUGCUGUGGAGAAAAUAAAAGGAAGAUAUACUGGAUAUAUGUUCUGCUUUAAGUUAUAUGUAAGACUAAUACAAUUGGGAUAUAAAAUAUAGAAGAAAGAUGUGGAAAGUGCCAAUCAGAAAAAGGUAUUAUUUUUAGAAGAAAGGAACUGAUUCUUAAUUUUUUUAAAUAAGAUACUUUCUUGGCUAACAGUUUGCAGAAUUUGAACAAUCCUUAGUUUCUACAGAGAGAUAGUAUUUUAUUUUUUGCCUUACAUGUAUCUUUUUCUUUAAUUUAUAAUGUACCUGACAAAAAAGAAUGAUCCUGUCAAGAUCACCUUUUAAAAGUUUUUAAACUGGGAACAUGUACAUGCAAGCCUUUGUGACUAUUUUCUUCAGUUAACUCCUGCUACAGGGAUAUGUCCUUCUUGAAAGUCUAAGAGUAAUAAAAGUUCCAUUGGAAAAGUUAGUAACCAGGGAACAAGAUGGACAAUCUAAUAAAUGGAACAAAUGAAGGAUCUACCACCACUGAAUUUGACUAUAAUGAUAUGGCAACACCAUGCCCAGCAAAAGCUGUCCAAAAAUUUGGUUCAAACCUGCCAAUCCUUUAUUCUUUGGUAUUCAUCUUUGGUCUUUUGGGUAACAUGCUAGUUGUAUUGAUUCUAAUCAAAUAUAAGAAAUUUAAGAGUAUGACUGAAUACCUAUUAAAUUUAGCUAUUUCUGAUUUGCUUUUCAUUUUCUCAAUGCCAUUUCGGAUUCAUUAUGUAGUAGAUGAGUGGGUAUUUGGAGAUGCAAUAUGCAAAAUUAUUUCUGGAAUCUAUUUUUUAAGCUUCUACAGUGGAAGCUUUUUCAUAUCCCUCCUGACUAUUGAUAGGUAUAGCAAUAGUUAUGCAGUGUUUGCAUUAAAAGCCAGAACAGUAUUCUAUGGCAUCAUCACAAGCAUUAUUACCUGGGGCCUAGCAAUUCUAGCCUGUUCACCAGGAAUAAUCUUUCAUAUGGCACAAGAAGAAGCUGGUAGGAUAACAUGCUCUUUUCAUUUUCCUUAUCAAAGUCACUUUGAAUGGAACAUGUUCUUUACACUGGAACUGAACUUCAUAGUGAUUUUUCCAAUGAUGGUUAUGACUUUCUGCUAUGCAUGCAUCAUAAACACUUUGCUAAGAUGCAGAAAUGAGAAGAAGAACAAAGCAGUCAGCUUAUUUUAUCAUAAUGAUUGUUUACUUCCUUUCUGGGCCCCAUACAAUGUUGUUCUUCUGAUCCAGUUGUUCAAAAUGGAUAAGUGCAGCAGGUUAAUGGUAUUGGUUUAGCAAUUCAAAUGAACCGAAACACUUGCAAUAGCUCAUUGCUGUAUCAAUCCUGUGAUCUAUGCUUUUGCUGGUGAGAAAUUUAGAAAAUAUACUAUUAACUUUUUCCGAAAACGGUGUCACCAUCUUUCAAAAUACUGUAUCUUUCUGUACCGAGAACCUUUGGAACGGGCCAGUUCGUACUCUCAUUCUACUGGAGAGCAAGACAUUGCAGCAGUCUUAUAAAGCAUAUAUUUAGGGGGGAAAUUGAGUGUUUAUUUAUUGGUGCAUUUUUAUGGACUUUUGCAAUACAGAUAGUCCUCAACUUAUGACCACAAUUGAGCCCAACAUUUCUAUUGCUGAAUGAGACAUUUGUUAA